AUGGGGUUUCCUACACAGUUGGUUCAAUGGAUUUCUGUAUGCAUCACUUCUCCUAGAUUUUCUAUCUCUCUUAAUGGGGGUCUCAAUGGUUUCUUUAGAGGGAGAAGGGGAAUCAGGCAGGGAGACCCACUGUCUCCCUACCUCUUUGUUAUUGCAAUGAAUGUUUUUGUCUGGGCUUUCUUGAAGUGGCAGCCAAGCAUGGAGUCUUCAAGUAUCAUCCAAAGUAUGUUAGAAUGCAACUUUCACACUUAUCUUUUGCAAAUGACCUUCUUAUGUUUGCAAAAGAGUGAGUUGUUUGUUGCUAGUGUGUCUGAAGAGAAACUGGGGGUAAUCACAAGUAUCAUUGGUUUCAAGAUUGGCAAAUUACUUGUGAGACAUUUGAGUUAUGCUGGUAAGCUUCAACUCAUCAAAGCUGUUCUUUUUAGUAUUCAAGCUUACUGGUGCAUGCGAUUUCUUUUGCCCAAAGCUGUCCUUAAAAAGGUUUCUCAGAUUUGUGUUAGAUUCUUUUGGGAGGUAGGGACUGUGCUGCAACAGGUGCAAGAGUUUUUGGCAACUGAUAUGUUCUCCUGA